AUGGGAAAUAUGGUCAACACCACAGAAUUCAUUCUCUUGGGACUUUCCUAUGACCACAAUAUACAGAUGUUUUGUUUUGUUCUUUUCUUAUUAUGCUAUGUUAUACUCUUGUUGGGGAACCUCCUCAUCCUCAUUUCCAUCUAUUGUAGUACUCUUUUCCACCAACCAUUGUAUUACUUCCUCAGUCACUUGUCUUCUAUGGAUAUAUGCUAUACUUCUAGUGUUACACCCAAACUGAUUGGGGACCUGUUAACUUCAAAAAGGACCAUUUCUUAUCAUUCUUGUAUGCUUCAAGUCUUUAUUAUGCACUUCUUUGGCAUUAUCGAGGUCUUCAUCCUGACUGCAAUGGCCUUUGACCGCUAUGUUGCCAUCUGCAAACCCCUGCACUACAUGGUAAUCAUGAGCAAAAAGAAAUGCAAUCUCAUUGUUUUAGCUGCUUGGGCUGGUGGGGCUGCUCAUUCCUUUCCACAGUUAGCCAUGACCCUCCACUUACCCUUCUGUGGUCCCAAUGAAAUUGACCACUAUUUCUGUGACAUUUUUCCCUUAAUGAAAAUUGCCUGCACAGAUACUUACAUCACGGGUGUUCUAGUUGUAGCCAAUUCAGGACUGUUUGCUUUGGUGACAUUUGUGGUCUUACUUGCUUCAUAUGUCAUUAUAUUAUAUACAUUAAGGACACAUUCUGCUGAAGGACGGCGGAAAGCUCUCUCCACCUGUGGGUCUCAUGUCACAGUUGUCAUUUUAUUUUUUGGACCAUCAAUAUUUUCCUACCUUCGACCUCCUACCAGCUACCCAGAGGAUAAAGUGCUAGCUCUGUUUUAUACCAUUAUUGCUCCCAUGUUCAACCCCUUAAUAUAUACUCUGAGAAAUACUGAAAUGAAAAAUGCCAUGAGAAAAGUAUGGUGUCCAAAGGCUUUUAGAAAAGGAAAUCUAAAUUAG